AUGCCGGCUUCCGGAGAGUUCUGAUUUCUGAACCUUAGCGUCUCGGGGGAUUACCCUCUCAAAAUUCAUCCCCCUUUCUGAGUUUUCCGCUUUCUUGCCACGAAAACUAGGUUUUUGAGGUUCCGUGUUAAAAUCUGCAAAGAUGUAGCUCCAUAUUACCAAAUUUUAAUUGUAUGUAUUGAUUCUUUAUAUUUCACGGUUCCGGGUAAAGAAAUUUGUCGACAAUUCAUAGUUUAGUUAAGUUAUCAUUUCUUCUUCUUCUUCUUCUUCUUCUUCUUCUUCUUCUUCUGGUUUCUUCUUUCUUUGUUCCAAGGAAAUAAUGGCUUCCGGAGAAGAGAAAAGCAACGAUUUUUACGCUGUUUUGGGUUUGAAGAAGGAAUGCACUGCUACAGAGCUUAAGAAUGCAUAUAAGAAGCUUGCAUUGAAAUGGCAUCCGGAUCGAUGCUCCUCGUCGGGAAACUCUAAGUUCGUGGAAGAUUCAAAGAAGAAAUUUCAGGCAAUUCAAGAGGCUUAUUCUGUUCUAUCCGACGAGAAUAAGCGAUUUCUUUACGACGUUGGAGUUUACGACUGCGACGACGAUGACGAUGACGAAAACGGAAUGGGAGAAUUUUUGGGGGAAAUGGCGACUAUGAUGAGCCAAAUUAAACCCAGCGAGAACGGGCCGGAGAGUUUGGAGAAGCUGCAGGAACUGUUCGAGGAAAUGUUCCAAAGGGACAUGGAUGAUGGUUUCUUCUCCCCCUCCCCCCAAUGCGCUUCUUUUUCUUCGUCUUGCUCAUCUUCUUCGUCGUCGACGACUUAUUUUUCAUAUAAUAACAACAAGCACGACAAUAAAAGGAAUUGCUCCGACAUCAGUUCUAUGGACGAUUUCUACACAUUUGGCACGGAUUCUAUACAAUUCAGCAAUUUCUGCAUUGGGGUGGAAGGAGGAGAAGAUUCAAAAGUAAGAGGAGGAAAGUCAAGGCGGAAGAGCAACAGGAGACAAAAAGUUUCAUCGUCUAAACACGAUCCGUCGUGCCGUUAAUGCCAACGUGAACUCUAUCCACUGCAAUGGGAUUGGGAUCUCCGCACCAGACUUCUGGUCGUGGAUGGGGCUGCAAUCACCAACCAGUAAAGCCAAUAGGUUUGGUAAUUCGUAUAAAUCUCGACACCGAGAUUCCCAAACCUUGGGGUCUGGCAAGCUUUUUAAGUGCUUCGUCUGGCUACGGGUUUAAGCUUGCUGCUCGCCUGCUUAAUUAAACAGUUUAAUUGGCCCAUUCUGUCUGUCUUUGUUUAUCAAUUUUAUCAUUUAUUUGAGGAGUUCCUUUGAUAAUUCUUUUAGAAGAAAUUCAUCAGCCAAUAUUUUCUUCCCCAACA